GUGUGGCUGAAGCUGCGAGGCGGGAGUGGAGGUACGCGGACGCAGGCAGGCAGACAGGCACAGUCAGCUGGGAAGGGCUGCAAAUCUUAUUUUCUUUUCCAUUUUCUCUCCAACGGCCCGGAGCUAGUGCUUGUGGCUCCCGGGCUGGUGUUCUGGGGAGCGCCGGGAGAGCCCCUUCUCCAGCCGCCCCCAGGCGGAGAGAGCCCAGCUGCGCUAGCGCUGCUGACAGCGUGGAGAGUGGCCACUGUCCGCCCGGGGAAGUCCGGAGAGCGGCUGCAGCGGCAAGAAGUUUCCCGGCCAGGAGGACAGGAGACAAGUGGCCGCCGGGUCCCGGAGCGAACUUUUGCAAAGCUUUCCUUUGCAAAGGAAGCUGCCGCGGCGGCGGUAGAGAAAAGGAGGCGGCGGAGAGAGGAGGACGUGCGCUCCGCUUCGCUCGAACCGGUUGCUGAACUUGGGCGAGCGAGAGCCGCGGCUGCCGGGCGCCCCCUCCCCCUCGCAGCGGAGGAGGGGACAGUCUUCGGAGUCGGGACGGCGGAGACCCGCCGCCGGCCGGCCACCGCGGGGUCCGCGCUACCUGCUGCCACCGGGAAGCGAGUUCGUCCGCGGGCUCCGAGGAACCGCUGGGCCCGAGAGAGCUCCGGGAGUGACCGCGACUUUUCAAAGCCGGGCGGCGCGCGCGAGCGGACAAGUAAGAGCGCGGGCGGCGUCCUAACCCUGCGAUCCCCCGGAGCGAGCCGGUGA